AUGACGCAUCUACCUUGCGAUUUAGCAGCGCCCGUGAGCGAAGUCGCACUAAUGUUCUGGUUCAAAGAAGGAGACAGGAUGCCCAUAUACACAGUGGACUUCCGAAACGGUCCUCCGGUCCAUUGGGCAGUAGCUGGCGAGUUUGGCGCGCGAACGCACUUUGUACUCAACGAGUCUGAUCCCUCAUCAGCACAUCUCGUAGUGGAGAAGGUAGCAAGACACGAUGAAGGGGUGUACAGGUGCAGGAUAGACUAUGUGGAUGCCCCCACCAGAAAUUACAGGGUCAAUUUAACUGUUAUAGUACCGCCAGAACCUCCUCGAAUAUACGACUACGAGGGAACAGAGAUUCUGGGUAACAUAGCAGGACCUUUCAGAGAGGGUCAGAACAUACUUCUUUCGUGUCAAGCGGCUGGAGGUAAACCUCCCCCCGACGUCGCCUGGUACAGAGGUGAAGAGCGGCUAGCUUUCACUAAAGAAGGCUCGGUAUGCCAGUUGCACCUUCCAAACCUGUCUAGAGAGAUGGCAGGUACCAAACUUCAGUGCAGGGUAGAACCGCCUUUACUUCAGCCGCAGAGUAGAGACGUCACUAUAAGAUUAUAUUUAAAACCUCAGUUUGUUCGAGUAACUGGUAGUGGAGCAGCCAGAGCUAGUAUGGAGAAAUCUUUCGUCUGUUCAACUCGAGGAUCAAAGCCCGCUCCUAAUAUUGAGUGGUUUAUCAACUCACAAUUAAUAGAUUCCACAUUGACCCAGGUGGAAGUAGACGGAGAAGUAACUAAAAGUAUUUUAACUUGGCACGUGAGGAGAGAAGACAGUGGCAGACAGCUUGCCUGCAGAGUAUCUAACCCAUGGUUUCCAGCUCAUACACUGGAAGACUCCGUGACGCUGGACGUAAUGUAUCCUCCAGUAACCCAAAUAUCAUUGGUAGAACCAAAAGAACCUCGUCUACUGCGAGAAGACGAGAACGCGGCACUUCUGUGUUCAGCCGAAGCGUCACCACCAGCUGUCAAUUUUACUUUUUAUAAGGGAACUGAGGUUCACUUGAUCCGUGAUGACCCGGUCGGCGGAGUAUCUGUUGAGAGGAACCGGCUGGUGAUUAGAGGUCUGAGGAGACACCACUCGACUGUGUACAGAUGCCGUGCAAGGAAUUCUGAAGGCAGUGCGUUGAGUGAUCCUCUGGCACUCAACGUUCUUUCUCGGCCAGAGUGCGCAUCAGGCAACGUGGUCCAGCAGUUAGCAGGAGCACCAGGCGGAGAAGUUAGGGCGAGGUGUUCUGUCACGGCUCCGGUUAGUCGGGACGCUGGGCCACUCAGGUUUUACUGGACAUAUAAUGGCACUAAGGAUGUUUUACCCAUACCCGCAGCAAAUGUAACUGUCAUGGGUUCUACCAGUACAGUGGUACAUGGUCUACCAAUUGACAGUGAUGAAGACCUGGGCUGGCUUGCUUGUUGGGCCAGCAAUGACGUCGGUAAUCAGCGGGAGCCUUGUCUGUUCAGGAUCAUGCCAGCUGCGCUCCCGGAACCGCCAAAUAACUGCGAGAUAGAAAACGAACUCCUUCACUGCGAGCCAGGCCACGACGGGGGUUUACCACAGCGAUUCUUGUUGGAAGUACUGGAGGUACGACACCGAACGGAUACGAGUGACAACAAUGAGAUCUCCACUAUGAAUGACCAGGGUGUGUCAGGUUUUGGUCUAACCGAAGCUGUGUACCGAGUGAGGAACGAUAAGCCUCAGUUCGCACUAGACGCUCUAUCACCUGGACGGUAUACAUUGCUAGUGUAUGCUGAGACACCAAGAGGAAGAUCGCCUAGACCUGCAGCGUUGCAUAGCGUCUCGAUAAGAACUGCGGAUGAUUUGGAUAGACCUGGGUCUCUUCAAACUAUGACUCCAGCAACACCACAGCAACCUGCUGCCACUGACAACAGCGUGGCACUAUUAGUCGGUGCCGUGUUGUCUUUAGUAUUGCUGACUAUUUUGACUACGUUGUGCGUAGCCAUGAUAGUCAUGUGUAAAAAGAAGAGCCGGCCAAGGGAUCAUGAGCAAAGUUCAAUACUUCGAAGAAAUGUUGGCGUUUCAAUGUAUGGCGGGUCCUCAAUGAACUCCAGCGUGAUGCCCACCGUAGUUGUGAGAGGACACAGAGGCUCCAGAGUGCUAGCGGCCCGAUGGUCAGGGGUAUUAGAAGAUGCACCUUUGGCUGUUUUAGCUUUGGAUACUAGGGCUCACGGAGAUACAGAUUCAUGUAGAAGUGAAGAUGAAAUACAGGAGACGACACUAACGCGGCAUAUGGACACUAUCGAGACACAAACAGACUCAUAA